GUUGCAAAAACAACUUAAUUAUUAAAUCAAAAACGUCUGCUAAUUUGUUGCUAUUACCAACCUAAGUACGCCGCUGUGUAUCAAUGCAGUCUGGAACUUUGGAAGUACAUACUUACUUGGUGCCAUCCUUGGAGCUCCAUUUAGUACGCUAGAGUUUUGACUCCCAUGCAACACUAGCUCUUCACUACAAUAUUUAAAUCAAAAGUAGUCCAGACAACACGAACUAAACAGUCAGAAUGGCGUGGCGAUUUGUGUUACUGACUUUACCGAGUCUUGGAGCGGUCAAUUAUGCCAGCAAAGAUUGUGUUCUGGAUUUUCGAGAGGAUUUUGACACCAAAAACCCAGUUCCAAUAAUCAUGGCGGGUAAUAAGUUAUUGAAGCCAGAUCCAGACUCCUGCAGUGCGCGUUUGUCUAAGGGCUCGAAAAUUCGUAUUGGAUGCCCCGGGUUUUCGAAUAGUAUCAUGUGCAAGGAUGAAAAUGGAAGAAUCGAUACCGGGACAAGCGUCCUGGAAGCAUAUUGUGACGGCGGCAGUCAGUUUAAAUCUGACGACAGUGUACUACUAGAAACCUUCGAUAUGAAGGAUAUAUCUUGCCAAGAACGACAUGAAAUAAAGUUUAAACUACCCUCGAAAUGUGGCAAAAAUAAUAUAUAUUAUAAUAGCCAGUAAGUGGUUGUUUUUUUAUAGUGACCUGUUGGACAAUGGAUCUAUCCUCUACGUUGGUGAAAAGUGACCAAGCCAUAUAAAUUGGCAGAAAACGUUACCCGAUAAUCGUAUUGGGGACCUACCCGUUUUCAGUAACCCUUUUUAAUUUCAACUCUUAAACAAUAUUGUUAACAUAAUAAUAUCAGCCUUAUAUUAUAUACUGUGCCACUGCC